AUGUCCAUACAAGUCCUUUACUGGGCAGGAGAUAACGAGCAAGUAGCUCCGCAGUUACGUCCGAGGACAGAAAUGAGGCGCGGGGCCGCUUUCCCCGUAAAAACGGCCUUUCCCCCCCGCUGUUCUCGCGCUCUCGCCACCCGAGAACAAAAGAAAUGCUUCCCUUUCCCGCUACCACCCGAGCUCACGGCCCGUAACGUGCGGGCUCAGGAGCGGGGGCAGAGGCCGCCUUCCCCGCCGGCGGGGCGCACGGGGCGGCCCCAGGAGACGGGGAGGAGCGGCGGCGACACGGAAACCGUCCGGCCCGGAGGGCGGCAGGCAGCACACGGAGGAGCCCCAUCGGGAGAACCGUCCGGAGGGCGGCAGGCAGCACACGACACGCAACCGUCCGGCCCGGAGGGCGGCGCCCGCCUCGCCGGGGGAGGUGGCGGAGAGGCGCGGGGCGGGCUCGGCGUCCCGCUGUCGGCCUUCCCCUCUCGGCCUUCCCCUGCAGGACGCUCCGCGGAAGCGAAGCUGGAAGCCCCGGACGGCAGCGGGAGAAGCUCGGAGGGGGUGGGCGCGUUCGCCACGGCAGGGCUUUGGAGGGAGCAGCCCUCGCACUGCCUUCGCAAGGGGAAGAGGGCGUCGGUAAUGAGAAUGUUGCGUCUUGGCAGAGUUCUCUUUUCUACAAUGACUGUGGAGUAUCUAUAUUUAGAGGUAAUGUUUUAUUACACUUCUCCAACAGCAAAAAUUCAAGGCAUGAAAAAUGCUGUUCCCAAGAAUGAUAAAAAGAGACGAAAACAGCUGGCUGACGAAGUUGCCAAACUAGAGGCAGAACUUGAACAGAAGCACAAGGAGGAAUUAAAGCAGCUGAAGGAAGUUUCACCUGAGCAGAAUAAGACAGAUUCUAUAGCUGAUGGGGUCGCAAAUUUAGAGCUUGAAGGAGUAGAGCAACAGAGUCAGCAUCCUCGAAUAUCAAAAGCACAGAAGAGGCGGGAAAAAAAAGCUGCCUUGGAGAAAGAAAGAGAAGAAAGGAUAGCUGAAGCUGAGAUAGAAAAUUUAACAGGUGCUAGACAUCUUGAAAGUCAGAAACUUGCCUCCCUGUUGGCAGCAAGGCACUUAGAGAUUAAACAGAUCCCUUCAGAUGGCCAUUGCAUGUACAGAGCUAUUGAAGAUCAGCUCAAGGACCGCCAAAAUUCCUGGACUGUUGCAGCUCUGAGGAACCAAACAGCAAAGUAUAUGCAAAGUCACUUUGAUGACUUCCUGCCAUUUCUUACAAACCCUAGUACUGGAAACAUGUAUAGCAGAGAGGAAUUUGAAAAAUACUGUGAUGAUAUAGAGAAUACAGCUGCAUGGGGUGGUCAGCUAGAACUAAGGGCUUUGUCGCACAUUUUGCAAACACCUAUUGAAGUAGUGCAAAUGAAUUCCCCUCCCAUUAUUGUUGGUGAAGAAUAUUCAGGCAAACCAAUAAUACUUGUGUAUAUGAGACAUGCAUAUGGAUUAGGAGAACAUUAUAAUUCUGUAAAACUUCUAACAGACGCUGCUACUGAAAAUGGGAGCUAGCAUACAAAAGUCAUAAAUCCACAUGGAUAACAGUUGCAUCUUGAUGUGUUGGGCUCCAGACAAUUCCCAGACAGACUGGAAAGUAAAACUACAUGGAAUGGAUUAAA